UGACUGGAGACAGCCGGAUGCCCUCUGACCCUGGGCCCGAGGCGGGCAGUGGCUGGCCGGGCCUCCUCAUGUCCUGCCUGAAGGGUCCCCAUGUCAUCCUCAAGAUGGAAGCCAUGAAGAUCGUGCAUCCCGAAAAGUUCCCUGAGCUGCCGGCUGCCCCCUGCUUCCCGCCUGCUCCCCGGCCCACCCCCACUCUGGCACCCAAGCGUGCCUGGCCCUCAGACACAGAGAUCAUUGUCAACCAGGCAUGUGGGGGGGACAUGCCCGCCUUGGAAGGGGCGGCCCACACCCCGCCGCUGCCAAGGCGGCCACGUAAGGGGAGCGCGGAGCUUGGCUUUCCCCGCGUGGCCCCCGAGGACGAGGUCAUUGUCAAUCAGUACGUGAUUCGGCCUGGCCCCUCGGCCUCCGCAGCUUCUUCAGCAGCAGUGGGUGAGCCCCUGGAGUGCCCCACCUGCGGGCACACAUACAACGUCACCCAGCGGCGGCCCCGCGUGCUGUCCUGCCUGCACUCUGUGUGUGAGCAGUGCCUGCAGAUUCUCUAUGAGUCUUGCCCCAAGUACAAGUUCAUCUCCUGCCCCACCUGCCGCCGAGAGACUGUGCUCUUCACCGACUACGGCCUGGCCGCGCUGGCUGUCAACACGUCCAUCCUGAGUCGCCUGCCGCCUGAGGCGCUGACAGCCCCGUCCGGGGGUCAGUGGGGGGCCGAGCCUGAGGGCAGCUGCUACCAGACCUUCCGGCAGUACUGUGGGGCUGCCUGCACCUGCCACGUGCGGAACCCGCUGUCCGCCUGCUCCAUCAUGUAGUAGCACCUGCCUGCCCGCCACUGCCCGCUGAGCCUCGCUCGCUGCUUCUUCAGGGACCCGGCCCUGUUCUGCCACCCGCUGACCCUUCCUUCCCCACCAUGGCUUCUGGCCCCACCCCAAGUGGCAUUGUCGUUGCAGCCAACUUUGCCAUUAAAACUCUGCCAAAGUUUGCACCUGU